CCGCAUCCAGUCCCCACUGCGCGGGCUUUUUACGCUUCCGCGUUUGCGGUUUCUCAGUUGGUUCUACCCAGCAACGGUGGCCCUUCCCAGAGUCCCGACAUGCCAGUUAAAAGAUCACUGAAACUGGAUGAUCAGUUUGAAGAAAAUUCAUUUAGUCCUUCAAAAAUCAGAAGGAAGAAAAGUAUUACAGCUUAUUCUCCAACAACUGGAACUUAUCAAAUGAGCCCAUUUUCUUCUCCCUCAACCCCCAAAGAACAUGAGCGCGGAAAAGGACCAUCAAAUGGAAAGAAGAAACUGAAUAACCUCAGCUCACCUACAAGAAAGGAGUCCACAGCAAAAGACAGUGAUGAAUUCAUGGUGUUGCUAUCUAAAAUUGAGAGAUCAUCAGAAAAGACCAUGGAGAUAAUGAAAAAAUUAAGUAGUAUACAGGCUUUGGAGAACAACAGACAACUUGAAGAUCUCAUUGGCAUUUCCCUAGUACCAUGUUUCUUAAAAAGAGAAGUGGAGAAAACCAGAGAACUAAUGACAAGAGUCACAGAGCAAAAGCUGUUUGAGAAGAAGAGUUCACGAAUUCCUCCCAGAGAACAUCAUCUUGACAGCUUUGAAUUCUUUAAAGCCAUUUUGAACUGAGUGUUACCUUCACUGUGUCAAUCUACAUGGGCACUGGUCAGCCUGUAAGGAUGCAGACCAGACUGAAAUGAAGAGUCAGUGACAGUAGACUGUUACGUUUACAACCCAUCUUCUAAUGGAGCUGAAAUGGAGUAUUUGUGGAUUUUUCUAAAUAGGAAAAAAUAAACGAGUCCAUUGUG